CGGGCGCGGCCGGCGGGCGCAGUCACGGGCAGAGCGCGGUCGGUGACGGGUCGCGCUCGGGGCCGGAGCGUUUAGCGGGCCUUGAGGGAGUACAGGGGUGGGUUUCCCGCUGAGGGAAGAGGCGAGGGGCGGCCUUUGGGGCGGUCUCGUCGUGGUUUUGGCCCACCCGGCGUUUGUUUUUCCCCCGGAGCUGCUGUGAGAAAUGUCCCAGCGGAAGCGCAGUAAAGGGGUCGGCUCCUCUCAGGUGACCGACGGGGACGAGGAUUUCAUCCCCACCCAGCAGGCGCGGUACUCCCCGGACCAGGUGAACCAGAAGGCCAACGAGCUGGUUCAGUUCCUGCUCGUGAAGGACCAGAAGAAGAUCCCCAUCAAGAGAGCAGAUAUGCUGAAGAACGUGAUCCGGGAAUACCGGGACGCCUACACGGAGAUCGUCAGCCAGGCGGGCAGGAUCCUGCAGGAGACGUUCGGGCUGCGGCUGGUGGAGAUCGACCCCAAAGUGCACAGCUACAUCCUGGUCAGCAGCCUGCCCUGCGCCCGGAGCAAUCACCCCUGCAGGUCAGGGCUGGGGGGUUUGGGGGGGUCACAUCU